CAUUACAUAAUAGUCACCUUGCUUUCAAUACAUCUCACCAUUAUCAUUCAAUGGGAAGACCUCCUUGCUGUGAUAAAUCCAACGUUAAGAGGGGUCUUUGGACUGCUGAGGAAGAUGCCAGGAUUCUUGCUUAUGUUUCCAACUACGGAAUUGGCAACUGGACUUUAGUUCCAAAGAAAGCAGGAUUAAACAGAUGUGGGAAAAGCUGCAGGCUUAGGUGGACCAAUUACUUGAGGCCUGAUCUUAAACAUGAGAGCUUCACACCUCAAGAGGAAGAAGUCAUAAUCAAUCUGCAUAAACAUAUUGGCAGCAGAUGGUCAUUAAUUGCAAAGCAUCUUCCUGGAAGAACAGACAAUGAUGUGAAGAACUAUUGGAACACUAAGCUGCGAAAGAAGCUUUCCAAGAUGGGAAUUGAUCCUAUAACUCAUAAGCCAAUUUCUCAGGUUCUUUCUGAUUAUGGAAACAUCAACAGCCUCCCAAACACUGAAAAUCUCUUUGGGUCCUUUGGCAAGAAUUUUAGAAACACGUUAAUGCCCAAGAAUGAGCCAUCUUCGAUACCCAUUGGGCUUCCAAAUAACUGUAUGGUCAUGAAGCCAGUGAUAGAGCAAGGUCAAGUCAACAACCGAGGAUCUAUCCAACCUAACUUCUUCAGUGAAGUUAACUCUUCUUGUUCAUCUUCUUCGUCAACUGCUUUCUCGCAAUUGAGUUCACCUCAAUCCUCGUCUUUCCAGGCAUCUCAGUCUGAAAUUACACCAACAUCUCCCUUCAAUUGGAGUGAUUUUCUCCUCAGUGACCCUCUCUUCCAUGACAAUUCUCAGCAAAAACAAGAGCACAAGUUCCCUGGACCAAGAAGAUCCUCAACUAUGACACAGAAAGAAAUAUCCCAGUUCAAAGCCAAUGGUGGAAGUGACCAUAGCUUUAACAGAAUUGAACUUCAGGGAUUUGGAGCAUAUGAUUACAGCUCUUCCACAAUGAAUCAAGUUAACAUAAAAACUGACGCUUCUUCAUUGUCUGCAAGUUCUUUCGUUGAUGCCAUUUUGGAUAGGGACAGUGAGAUACGUUCGCAAUUUCCUGAAAUUUUAGAUGGUUCUUUUGAUUACUGAGUUAUAUUUUAAGGCACUGAUUUUAAC